AUUAGUUACAAAUCAAGAUGGUGUAUAUAAGGCCCAUGUAACACGCCGUGGUCACUAGUUAGUGCCAAGUUUGUGCCAAUAUGAAGACUUUCAUUGUACUCGCCGCUAUCCUCGUCGCAGCUCAGGCUUUAACCGACGAGCAGAAGCAAAAGUUGAACAAGCACAAGUCAGAAUGCCUUGCAGAGUUUAAACCGGACGAGCAGCUUGUAGAGAAGCUUAAGGCUGGCGAUUUUAAGACCGAGAAUGAGCCUCUGAAGAAGUACGUCCUCUGCAUGUUGAUGAAGUCCGAGCUGAUGACCAAGGAAGGCAAAUUCAAGAAGGAUGUCGCUCUAGCCAAAGUACCCAAUCCAGAGGAUAAGCCCGCUGUUGAAAAGUUGAUCGAUGCUUGCCUCGCCAACAAGGGUAACACUCCUCAACAAACAGCCUGGAACUACGCCAAGUGUUAUCACGAGAAGGACCCCAACCACUCCAUCUUCCAGUAAACCAACGUUAUGGCCUGCUUGAACUGUCUCGUUAAUGAGCUAGCUGGUGUCAUCCACAACAACUACACUGGACAUCAAGACAUCUCUCCACAUGACACUGCCUAAGAGAAUUUAAUUUGUCUUUGAAAAUAAAGGUUUUAACUUCAA